UAGUCAUGGACACUGUAAUCUAGACAGCACAAGCAGGUUCAGCUACAGUUGGGAACAUGCAUCCUGCACCUAGUCCAGACAUCCUUCUUCAGUCACCACCAGCCUGUGUUUAACCCACCCGCGCCUUAAAUUAAUUCACUUUUCUGCUGUUUUUCUUAACCCAGCCAUGCUUGGGAAGCGCUGAGGCAGCUCAGCACACUGCCCUCGGUCGGUUAGAGAUCUCACUGCACGCGGGGACAGCAGUAUAGGAGCGCUCUCUGGCUCCUCUCCUCUCAUUCUCGUCUAGAAGAUGGCGGACUGCGCUUCACUGUUAGACGACGAGCUCUCUUCAUUUGUCUUCAAUUACUUGACUGAAAACUCCGGCAGCCCGUAUGGGGAAGAGGAGGUCUGCUCAGACCGCCUGGAUGCUGACUUCCCUGACUUUGACCUCUCGCAGCUGGACGCCAGUGAUUUUGACUCGGUGAACUGCCUCAGUGAGCUGCACUGGUGCAACGAGCGCUCAGAUCACUCCCCUGCCUCCAUACAGUACAGCGGCGGAGACCCAGAGCUAUUCGAGGAAGAAAAUGCGGCACUGCUCGCUGCCCUCACAGACAGCCUGGACGGCAUUGUUGAGGACGGAGUCGGGGGUCUGUCUGUGUUCCCUUCACUGGGGGGCGACCCUGAGGAGGGCGAGGAGGAGGAAGAUGACCUCCCUUUGGACAGUGAGCCCCUCCUUGGCUCAUUGAGCCCAGAGACAGAAGACCCAUCUCUACUGAAAAAGCUCCUGUUGUCGCCCCCUAAUGUGCCUGCGGGCCUCGAAGUGCACAAAGACAUGCAUCGCCAUAGCAGCAGGAGCCAACACGUCAAACCCGUGAGACCCGUGCUAAAGAAGGACAGAUCAAGCACACAGGAGCGCAAGCCACGGCCGGCGAGGCCCUCCGCUCGUCUUUACACUGAACUCCACCGCCACCUCACCACCGUGCAGGAGACCGAGGAAGAGGAGGAAGACGAAGAGGACAGUGACUCGGAGGAGGAAGAGGAGGAGUCGUCCAGCAGCGAAGGCGAGAGCGUGAUGUGCGUCGAGCCGGUGAAGCCCCAGUUCUCCUCAGAGAAAGAACUGCACUCUGUGGUGGAGCUCAUCAAAUACAUGCACACGUACUGCCUGCCCAUACGCAAACAGGCCAUCUGGGAUCGCAGAGAGCGUAAGACCAAGCCCGAGAGCACGCAGGUCCACCGCAGCCUCCCCGUGAUCCCUCAGAAACCAUCUCCUCUGACCAAGCCGAGGGCUCCCUUCACCCGCCGCAGGGAAAUCAAGGCCCACUCCCUGCUGAAGGAGCUGCUGGAGGACGUCAGCUCCUUUGACGUGAGCAAGCCUUACAGAAUGCACAGCCCUCCUUAUAUCCACUGCAGAGGGGCUGCGACUCGGCUCGCCACUGACCUUUCUUCCUCCCCCAAAGCCGAACUGAAAGAUUUGGAGAAGGCCGCAAAGCGCCCCAAGAGUCCCGAGCCAGAAGAAAGCUCCUUUUCAGUCAGGCGUUCUCGCCGGCUGGCCUCCUUCCCCAGCCGAUUCGCUAAGAGAGUGCGUGUGAACUGCAGCCGGUCCGAGCCUAGUGUUGGGCAAUCGAGUGAAGACGAGACCGCGGUCGAGCAUCCUCCCGCUGAUAUCAGCAGCUCCCACGAGACGUCUGAGGCCUGUAACCCCUGCUGCAGUGACGAGGAACGUUCCUGCCUCUGUCUGCCGCUGGCGUCCAAAUCCAACGGAGAUGCGCAGUAUGCCAACAAGCCCUUUGAGCAGACUCUCUCUGUGGAACUGUGUGGCACAGCAGGGCUGACUCCCCCCACCACACCGCCCCAUAAACCAGUGGAGGACGAGCUCUUCAAACCCGACGGAAAAGCUGAGCUCACCACCAAGAGUUCGUGCCUGGGGCGGGCGCACAUACGCAAGCUCCCAGAGCAGACAGAGCUGUACGCCCAGCUGCGCCGCAUGGGCCAAACGGGCGACACAGACUCUAAGGGUGGGAUGCAACGGACGUACGGGGACCAUGAUUACUGCCUGUUGGGUCAGGGCGAGAAUUGCAAGACAACGAGGAUGAUGUGCCGUGUGGAGGUGCAUGAGGAGGAGGAGAUGGAGGGACAGGAGGAGAGGCUCCUAACCAAUUGCCAGCAAAGGACUGAGGCUGACUCCCCCGUGGCUUUGUCCUUGCCCGGUCCAGAGCAGACCAGUCAACCCUCACCUGUCCGAUCUCCCACCCCAGAGCUGGACGCCCAGUCCCCGGUUUCCUGUUCGCCCCCCUCCCCCGGCUCCGAACUCCCCUUCAGCGAUGAGAGCUCAGAGACGUGCCACGAAGCAGCUGAAAAAAGAAGCAAGACGAAGUGUGGACAAGAGAAUGAUGUGAACAAGUGCCAAGUGAUCUACAUUCACAACCUUCCGACCAGCGUCACUCAGUCCAUGCUGCGUAAGCGCUUCGAGGCCUUCGGCCGUCCGGAGGACUGUAAAGUGGUCAUCAAAAACGAGGAGCGCUGUGGGGUGAUCACACUGAGACCGUCUCAGGACGGCCAGACCUCACGGCACAGGUGGGACUCGCUCGGUCCGAGCGGGGGGAGCGUUGGCCGGCGGUUCGGCAAGAAGCGUUACAUAGAUCUGGAUGAGGCGGGUCCCGGUCCGGUGAAGAGCAAGUAUGAUGCACUGGACUUUGACGCUCUUCUGAAAGAGGCCCAGAGGAGCCUGCAUCGCUGACACGCGCCUUACCACGCCUCCAGAGUCACGCCCCGUCCGAGACUCGCCUCAACCUCAACCAAGGCACUUCUUCAUGUUUACAUUUUGAACAUUGGAAUAAAAAAAUAGACCUUGUUGCUUCUAACUGAGGAUCGGAGGACAAUGGGGCGGGAGGAUUACAAAGGAACAGAAUCAGCUCUGAGACACCGGACACAAGUGCUGCUACUCGUGUGUUUGAUGCCAUUCAUGACGUUGCGAGCAGCUCAGGCUUCGUAGCAAACCGCACUCUUCUCCAUCGGUUGUUGUGACGUGCGUGUGCUUUUUUUUGGUUUUGUUUUUUACCCCUUUGUCACUCUUCAUAGACCUGCAAGGUGCUUUCACCAUUUUGUCGUACAAAUAUAUAAACAAGCUUUGUAUUAGCCGAAUUUCGUGGAUGUUCAACUCUCUCUCUCUCUCUCUCUCUGUGUGUGUGUGUAAGUUACAAUGGAUUAAAAGUGGAUUUAAAAAAACGACAAACAAAAAAAUCCUACAAGGUAGAGUUUACAGAUCAAUAAGUCAAAAAAAAAGUAGUCUUUUUGUAAUUUUAGUGCUUCCUUGAUUUCAUCUAUGCACUCAAACGAGGUAGUGCUUCUUUGGUCUGACCUUUGCCCUCCUCUGGUGUGGAAGGGGCUUUUGCUGCUGGCUUUCAGACACAACUGAGUCCAAACCCGACUGUACUUCCUUAAAGUGUCUCGUUUUAUGUUAAAAUACUCCUAUCCAAGCUAAAAACUGUUCAAGUGAACUCAUAUGUAUAAAUUUUUUUUAUUUGUUUGUUUAAGCAGCCAGACAGAGCCAACAGUUUAAUUUCAGGGGCGGGGCUUUGUCUUUGGAUGACCAAUUGACCCUUUGCAGGCAAGUUGAUUGACAGCUGAUCUGACCAAUCAUAAUGUAAUUUUUGUCCGAAACAAACUUUAACGUUUAUCGUUUAUCAUUGAUGGAUUUGAACUUGAAAAAUGGUGUGUAUUGACAUCUUUCUGCGGUUAAAGCAAGAUACCUUCCAAUGUUCAUUCAUGUUUAUUUAAUGCUAAAACUAGUAAAGAGGAAGAGAUGAUCGCUUCACAUGCCGCUUGAACUGAGGCACUACAGAGAUCUGUCACGUCACAUUAAAGCGCAACGAAAUUGUAUUUAUUGUUUGAAUAUCUUUAAAAAAAUAAUCUGCUCUGUCUCUGCCGUGAUGUAUCUUUCACUGCAUGAGAACGUGAUGAGUGGCAUGGCUUGUCGGACAUAGCAACAGUAAUGUCAAACGAAGGGUCAAUUGGAAACCUGUUUGAAAACAGACAUUACGUUUGGCACAGAAAUACACACUUGCGAACCGAUGCGAACCGAUCCAGAUUAGAAUCCCAAUCUUAGGGAAACGUAUUUCCAGAAUGUAUCCUUCACAAAUGUGAUUGUAUCGCCCAUCCAGUCGGUCUCGAUUCGACAGUACAGUGGAGCGGUUGGACUGUCCCAGUAGCAGAGCCCUUCCAGACAUCCAGGCGGUUGACGCAAAGGAGCGCUCCUGAGAGAAAGCUGACAGUAAACUACGAGGAAGAUCUUUCCAGAGCUCAAUCUCAUUAGAGAUACGGUCGUAUCUCUGCUUUGUUUACAUGUCACUCUCUCAUACUCUUUCUCUCUAUAAGCUCAAACACUCUUUUUUUACUCUCUCCUUUCCGACAGGGGAAGAUCUGCGGGUUUUUUCUAGCUCUUACCUUGUGGCUACUUCUCUCUUUGUCCUUCGUGUGUGUUUUUUGAAGUCUAAACGUGUACCAGUGUAUAACUGCGUGUCGUCCGUGUCUUUUACGGGGUCUGGGGAUGGGUCCGUCCCUUAUUAUAUGCCGGGACCCAUUGCUUUUGUUCUGCUGGGGUCUCCUCCGACCUACGGCCUGUGGAUCUAGUGCAGUUGUGAGCGAGUGUGUGCGGAGGCCGGCGGCCUCUCUUUACCCCCCUUUAUCCAGAAACACACCCCAAACCUGAAUGUUUACAUGACUGAAUUGUCCUUCGACUUUUACUAGAGCGCACACUAAGUACAGAACGCCUUAUUCAGCGUUUAAGUACCCUAUCAGGACGUGCCUUUCGGCUUUCCCUUUUACGGUACUGAGCUGUUACGUAGACUCGGCUUCUGAAUAUUACAGCCGCUUUUGACCAAUUCGCCCUAUAAGAUCUUAAACUGAAUGAGUGUUUGUGCUUAGUAUGUAUACUACUAAAUAAGCGAGAGAUGUGCUGGUUUACAUGAUUAUAUAUAUAUAUAUAUAUAUAUUGAGAAGUAUAUAAUGUGUAUAUAGCACUGUGUCUUGUGUAAACAUGAGAUGUAUGGUUAUGUGCUGUACAGCGAUGUGGUAACGUGCAGCUCUGAUUGGUUGUUGGUGAACACGACAAAGCAGCGUUAAGCAAUACAGGGAGAUCCAGAAGGGAAUUUUCUUUGAUAUGGCUUCAUAAGUCAAACACAGUUGUAUAAAAUGUCCCUUUAGAAAUGGUUAUUUUUUAAUAAUGUUUUUCUUUUUUAUGCAAUUGAGAUGCAAUACGGCGAAGAAAGCCUUCCUCGUAACGGAAGGGUUUAGUGAAGAGAUCGGUUGAUUUAAGGGUAAACAGAUCCUGUACUGUAAGUUGCAGACAGCUCAGAUGGUUCGAAAAGAAGGCAGACGUUUAGAAUCGCUGGCUGAAAGGGACUUUUUUUAUUAGGAAAAUACACAGACAGCCCAGUCUCACAGGGAGAGCCUUAAACCUUAGGGGAAAACAAAGCUAUCAGUCCUGUCUGAUCUCCUUUACAAUCCAAUGUUCUCUCUUUACUGAAGUAAAUAACCUUUUUCAAUACAGCCAUAUUAUACAAGGUAUAUACAUAUAUAUGAUUAUAUAUAUACAUAUAUAUAUAUUUGUGUGUUUGUGUAGAUAACUAUAUAGAUGAUAUAAUUUGUUAUAGACCAUUUUAUUCAGUGUUUCAGAACACUUCAAUACAUUUCAACACUGUCAAUCUAGAAUGUAUAGAUGCAAAUUAAAAAAGAUAAUAAAAAAUGUAAAAAAAAAAAAAAAGAAAGAAAAAGAAAAGAAGAAAAAAAAUCCAAAGGGAACCUUCUUCAAUGCAAUGCAUUUUUCCAGCCCUCAUUUUAGCAAUCGCUAGACAAGUUGACCAAAAAGUACAUUUGAUGUUUGGAUACAGGAGAAGAGAGGUAUCGCAUCAAAUCCAUUUCAAGAAUGUCAUGAUUGUUUGGCUUGGCCGUGUGUGUGUGUGUGUGUGUGUAUGUAAGCGUGCGCAUGUGAUUUCCUCCUCUUUUUUGUUAGUUCAUACAAAAUGUCACUUUUAAUUCACUACAUCUAUAGCCCUGCAAUUUGUUGUUCACAAAGUACAUGCUCUUGCCAGAUAGGAGAGAUUUUUCCUUUUGGAUCAGCAGUGAAUAUAUUUGAGGAGAGUUUAUAUUGUGUGCUAAACCUUGGAUCAUUUUUAUCAAGAAGUGAAUCUAGCGUUUGUGUCAUUACGUUUAAUGGAUCCCACAUCCAUGUCACAUCGUUUUGCUGCUUCAAGACCUUGUCUUUUGUGGAAACUAAAUCUGAGUCAAAGGGCAUACGUGGUUUUCUUCAUUGUCUCUUUUUUUGACUUUACAUCUAAUGACUAUCAAAUUUGUUAUGAUUUUUCUUUUUUAACGUAGUUUUUGGUAAAUACGGCUAGUAAGAUUUUAUAUUUUUUACAUGUUUUGAGUUUUUAUUUAUAUGCCACUUAGCUUGGAAGUCUUGAAAUGGUGUUGGUUUUAUUUUCAAUUUUUAUUUCUCGGUAUUGUGUGAUUUUCAUACAUCUUGAGAAUGUGGAGACAAAUGCAUUUCAGUAUUUUUUAAAUUGUUAAAAUCUAGUUUCCUAGCUCAAAUCUAUAUAUAGUGGAAAUUAUUUGAUGUCAUAAAUUAUAUUUUAAUUCAUGUAAAAAGCAGAUGAUGGCUUCCUUUUAAACUGAACACAUUUCUCUUCCGAGAUUGUUUACAUUAUUAAACUGUAGAAACUGAUCCUCAUAUACUGUAAAAAAAAAAAAAAAAA